AUGGAGGUAGAAGGAAUGAGGCAACAAUUCCCAUUCUACAAUGAGCUCCAAACCAUCUUCGCCGCCCGAAUGCAACGCAUGCUCUGGCACGAGGCCGAAAGUGGUGGUGCCGCUGGCGGCAGUAGCUCACGACAGAGGUUAACUGCCGCCUCCGGCCAGUUCUCCUCCGACGAGGAGGAGCCACCAUACAACGAGGAUGUCCCUAGCGAGGGUGAAAAGGUAGGCGGGUCGGGCGGACCAGUUAGAAAUAAGAAGCGCAAGGCGAAAGCCUCGACUUCUGGUGCAGGAAAUUACGUAAAUACUUCUGCUCAGAACAGCAGCAGCAGUUCUGCUGCUGUUCUGAACGGGAUUCGGGAGAUGAUGGAGGAGUACAUGAGGCAGCAAAUGCAGAUGGAGGCUCGGUGGAUCGAGGCGUACGAGAGGCGGGAGGAGGAGAGGCGGGUUAAGGAAGCAGAAUGGCGGCAGACGAUGGAAAAGCUCGAAAAGGAGCGGCUGAUGAUGGAAAGACGGUGGAGGGAGAGGGAGGAGCAAAGGAGGGCUCGGGAGGAGCAAAGGUCGGAGAAGAGGGACGCGCUUAUCAAUGCGCUUUUGGACAAGCUUAGGAGGGAAGAAGGCAACAACAUGUGA